AAGAUAGUUUGAAGGAGAGGUUUCUGGGAUACUAACUAGUCGAAGCGGGAAAGAAGAAAGUUGUGUUAAGGAAAAUUUGAAUUGUUUCAUUCUUUAGCGUUCAUAACGAAGCCAUUAUAGAAGGUGUCCCUACUCCCCCAAAUGUAAUAUAUACUGAAAAUGAAAAAUAGGGUUACCUCCCAGGAUGUUAAUGUCAAGUUGCAAGACUCAAAAUCGAUUGACAAAACAGAGCAGAACAAGGUGACAUUAAAAAGUGUGCUGCAAACAGCAAAUGGGUCUUCAGGACUGAAAACCAAACCUCUGGCUGGAAAACUAUUUUAUCUAGAUCUGCCAUUCAGUAAGACCACUGAGGCCUUGGAGAAAGACAUUCAAAAGCUUGGUGGGACCAUUGAGAGGUUCUUCAGCAAGGACAUUCGAUAUCUUGUUUCCAAUAAGAAAGAGGCAAAAUUUGUGAAAUCAGUUGGAAGAAAUUCUCCUUUAUCAAGCCCUGGCUCUCCCAAUACCACUGGGAACAGCUCGCCUUGCCUCAGCAGCCGAAGAGGAAGCUGUAAAGUAAGCUCGCAGGAUGCUGCAGACGCAAUAAAAAGCAGAGGGAAAUCACUGGUGGAAAAAGUUGUCAAGGAACAGGAACUAAUUCAGACCAACAGAAUCUUGUCAAAUGCUUUGGACUGGGGCGUCAAGAUACUGUAUAUUGAUGAUAUAUUGUCUUAUAUUGAAAAAAAGAAGAAGGAUCUGCCUACUGACCAACCUAAUUUACACACUUCAAAGGCAAAAAAGACAGUCAGCAACGCUACAAAUGCCAAAACCUCCGUAAAAAAAAAUGAAGUUGGGAAUCUCAAAAAACCUUUUCUAAAAGUGGAAGAUCAAAGCCGACACUACAAACCAAUCUACCUGUCACUACCAAACCUGCCAGAGCUCAACUUUUGCCUUCCUGCCCCUUGUUGUCCUUUUGAAUCAGAGAAGACCAACAAAGACAGAGACGUGAAGAAACAAAGGGAACAUGGCAACAAAGUCCAGAGACAUAUAGCAGAUGAGGCAAACUGCACGAAGCAGUUAAAGGCCAAGCUUAGAGCACUGGACCUGAAAGAAAAGAAGAAGAGGGGAUACUGUGAAUGCUGUGUAGUGAAAUACGAAAAUCUUAAAGCUCAUCUCAGUAGUGAACGUCAUAAAGCAUUUUCAACAAGUGAUGAGUACUUUGUUGUUGAUAAGGUUACCUCUGAGCUGGUGUGUGAUUUCGUUGAAAUCCAAAACGAAAAAGGGGAGAGGUGCAGUUCUGCUACUUAUAGCCAUGCUUCUGCAUCAGCCAAAACACUGGAUCAAAGACGAAAAAUGCAUAUUGAUGUGGACAAAUGUAGCAAUAUAGAGGAGGCAUCAAUUUUGUGGAACCAUACAGCAGGUUUGUCUGCUUCUUGCAGUGUAGACAAUACUGUCGCUGUCUGCAGGGCAGAGAAACUCUUGGUGAGUGAAAAGAGCACCCUUCAGAGAAAACAGAAUGGAAGGAGUGUUCCAAAUGAUUGUGUUUUUGAGACACCACAGAAUCUCAACAAACCUCACAGUCCCUCUGAAAAAGAGGGCAAAAACAAAACUACGGUGUGCCCAGACCUGCGUUUGACCAGUGGAUUUCAGAAUGAAAGAAAAAUGUUGAUUAAUCUAUCUACACCUUGUGCUGCUAAAAUCUCUGAAGCCAGCAUAAGUGUUUGUACCAUUGAACUGAAUCUAGGGAACGGUGUUGGGCAGAAGACUGGCAAAAGAACUAUUGGAGAAAGCACUCUUGGGCAAAGCCAGACGGAGGAUAACCUGCUUGGAAUUCCAGCUAAAAGUCAGAAGAUUGCUUCUUCUCAGCUUGAUGUCCCAGAGUCUGUGGAAUCUGAAUUAUUUUGUAAUUCAAAUUUGAAUAAUUUGAUUAUUCCAGACAAAGGUGCAGAUAACACAGAUCACUAUCUAAGCAGAACACACUCUUCACCUGUUGGGAAAUUACAGAGGAAAGUAAAACCAUUCAGAAGAACUAGAAGAGCGAGUGAGAGAGAAACUCUUCAAAAACACAGUAAACAAAAUGACGUGGAGUUGAGUCCACCUUUGCACAAUUUGUGGCAGCUCUUUCAAUCGAGUGAAAACGUGGACUGGGAAUUUCUAGGGUUUCCAGAUUGCAGUGGCUGACGCAUCUGGUGCUGGGCCAUUCAGCUCAGCCAUUUUUGCUAUUUCAUCAAUCGACUUGGAGUUCUUUAUGUUUUUCGUUUUUUUAUUUUAAGUACACAAUUCACACUUAUAGUAAUUGUUGGGUCUAAACUAUAAUAUUACUUCUCAGUAGUUCAUUUUAAAAUGUCUUUAAGAGCAUAUUAAAGCCAAACUAGCUUUGGUUUGCCUCAGAAAUGUAAUUAAACAUUCCAUUGAAAUUUCAACAAAUAUGUAAUGGCUUUGUUUUUAAGAGACAUGUUAGAAAGGAUUCGGGUGGAAUAAUAAACAUCACCUAAAAGUUUUACUAUGUUUACAAUACUAACAUUGCAUUUUUGGGGUUUACAUAAAAUAUUGGCCACAUUCUGCUUAAGCAUUCUGCAUUCUGCUUAUUGAUCUUGAAUUUAUUUGUGGUAUUUGGAAAGACUGAUACUUUUACCAAGUCCAUUGAAGUGUGGAGUAGCAAUUUAUUUUAAAUGAAAAGGUGUUUGUAUAUAUAAAUUGUACUUAAUGUUAUUUUUAAUUUCUUUCUGGUGUGUACAUAUGUAUUGUAAAUUAAAACCUUGUGUAUCUAAAUGUAUGUUUAAUUGCUUGUUAAAUAUAAAUAUCAUGCCUCUAG